CAGUUUUUACUUUCACUUUCCAGUUGAGUGCGUAAUGGUUCCCAUAAAUUUGGCCUCGUAUCGUAGUUUUUUUUUCCUUUUGGUUUUUUUUUCCUCUCAACAUUACAUCGUUACGGCAGGAAUGGGAAGUGGGAGGACGAGGUGUUUCCCCAAACGUCCAGACUUUACGUUCGUCCUUUGGUGAAACUUUGAGUUCGCUCUUUUGUUCACGCGCUUCGCAGCUGAAAGACCCCAGUCGUGCCCGAUCUGAUGUCCAGCCCCGGCCCGUCCCUCGUCCUGCUCUGUCAGCUGGUGGAGGACCUGAGUGAGUCGGAGAGGAGGACUCUGGUGUUUCUGUGCGGGAGCCGGGAGUCGGAGCACAGUCCCGCACAUGCCCGCGGCGUCCUGGAGGGGGCGGUCAGGAGCAGCGAGCGCCCGGGGCAGGUGGUCAAGGAGCUCCUGGUGCAGCUCCGGAGGCUCGACCUGCUCCGGAAACUGUGCCACUGCGGGAGAGACGAGGUGGAGAGACAGAGGGGGGCGCACCUGCUGUCUGCAUACAGAGUCCUCAUGGUCGACCUGAGUCAAGAUCUGACCACUGAAGAUCUGAACCAGCUCAAGUUUCUGCUGGGAGGAGUUCUGCCCCGAGACAGACUGGACAGAGCCAAGUGCUUCCUGGACGUCAUCACCGAACUAGAAAAACAAGACGAAGUGUCGAGCGACAGACUGGACCUGAUCGAGCGCUGCCUGAGGGACGUCAACCGACAGGACCUGGCCAAAAGGGUGCGCUGUCUCACCAACAGAGUCCCCGAACAAACCCAGGUCCAGAGGUCGUGUCGCCCUUUUUCGAGUCCCAGACCCGUCCAGGCCUUAAACUGUCACCAACAAAACACCAGACCUGCUCUGUUUCUCCACAACAGUCCGGGCAGAUCACGACAGCCGACGCAGAGGGAGACGAGCUGCUCCAAUCAUCUAGAACACUACAGACUGGACACUAACAACCGAGGAGUGUGCGUCAUCAUCGACUGCGUGGGUCAGGACGGAGAGCUGUUGGAGCAGACGUUCCAGAACCUUCACUUCUCCGUGGUUCUUCACCGUUGGCUCAGCGUCGGUGACUGUCAGUCGACUCUCAGGUCCCUGCAGCAGAGCCCCCUCCUCAGGUCCGCCUCCGCCUUCGUCUGCUGCGUCAUCAGCAGAGGGACGCAGUUCCACCUGCUCGCCACCGACGCCCGCUCCGCCGGCCUCCACCUGGACUCGCUCCGACGCAUGUUCACCCCGGAAAACUGCCCCGGCCUCGCCGGAAAACCCAAACUCUUCUUCAUCCAGACCUACAGCGUGUCCCCGUACGAGCCCGCCGCAGGAUACAGCGAGGACCUGGAGACAGACGGGUUCCCUGGGCAGAGUCUGGUCCCCACAGACGCAGACGUGUUCUGGAGUCACUGCUGGACGUCGGAGACUCAGCUGCAGAGCGCGGGACACCACUCGCAGUACCUGAGAGCCCUGAUGGGGGCGCUGCAGGCCGGACGCGCCAGAAGAUCCCACCUGGUCGACCUGCACCUGCGGGUCAACGCCGACGUCUGCGACCACAACCAGAGGAACCCGUCUGAGCAGUACCACCUGGACCUGCGACACACGCUGAGGAAAAACCUCUACCUGCACUGAACCGCCACCAGAGAGCGCCCC